CCGCGUGACGUCACUCCGCCCCCGUCUCCUCCCCGCCGCCGCCCGCCGCGUCUCUCCGCUCUCCGCCAUGGGCGCUUCGCGUUCCCGCUCGGCGGACUUCACGUGGAGCUACACGGAGCAGCCGCACGCCGACCGCCGCCGACAGAUACUGGAGAAAUAUCCGCAGAUCAAGACCCUCAUGGGCUCUGACCCCCGCCUCAAGUGGAUCAUCUUGGCCAUGGUGCUAGCACAGCUGGUGGCCUUCUACCUGGUGAAGGACCUGCCGUGGAAGUGGGUCAUCUUCUGGGCCUAUGUGUUCGGAGGCUGCAUCAAUCACUCAAUGACUCUGGCCAUCCACGAGAUCGCACACCACGUGGCCUUUGGGAGCAGCCGUGUGCAGUGGAACCGCUGGUAUGGCAUGUUCGCCAACCUGCCCAUUGGCCUGCCCUACUCCAUCUCAUUCAAGAAGUACCACCUGGACCACCACCGCUACCUGGGUGCGGACGGCGUGGACGUGGACAUCCCCACGGACUUCGAAGGCUGGUUCUUCUGCACGACGGCACGCAAGCUCGUGUGGAUCCUGCUGCAGCCACUCUUCUAUACGGUGCGGCCACUCUGCAUCAACCCCAAGCCCUUCACCCACAUGGAGUUCAUCAACAUCGCUGUUCAGGUGGCCUUCAACGCGCUGGUGUAUGCGCUGCUGGGAGCCAAGCCUGUGGUGUACAUGGUGGCCGGCUCGCUGCUCUGCAUGGGCCUGCACCCCAUCUCGGGUCACUUCAUCGCCGAGCACUACAUGUUCCUCAAGGGCCACGAGACGUACUCCUACUACGGGCCGCUCAACAUGCUCACGUUCAACGUGGGCUACCACAUGGAGCACCACGACUUCCCCAGCAUCCCGGGCUGCCGGCUGCCUCUGGUGAGGAAGAUCGCCCCCGAGUUCUACGAGGACCUGCCGCAGCACGACUCCUGGGUCAAGGUGCUGUGGGACUUCAUCACGGAUGACUCGCUUGGGCCCUACUCGCGCGUCAAGCGCCACUUCAAGGGUGGCCGCCUCGAGUAGUGGCCUCCCUCCCCCCCCCUCCCUCCCGGCCCGGGGUCUCUACCCCCCGCGUCCCCCGUCCCGCCCUAGGGGAGCGAAGGAGCCGCCGGGGGUGCUUGCGGUGCGUCAGGCCCGCCCGUUUGAGCCGGGUUGGCUUAGGUGGCCAAACCCGUGUGGCGCUCUUCCGAAUCAUCCUCCGGUGGCCUCAGGGUCCCAGUGGCCCCGAGUGAGUGGCCUCUGCGCUGCCUGUUUCGUGUCCGUGCCGCGGCGGUUGUGGUCGUUGUGCACUGAUGUACGUACGCUUCUUGUCUUUUUUACUUGAUUUGCGAUGUUCAUGCACUUCUGCCAGUGUUUAAGCUUAUUUGGAGGGCGUGAAGAAGAGCUGACAAUUAUUUAAACCGCUUUCCUUUCGGAUGAUGAUAAUUUACUCACAGGCUGCAACCAGAACCGCACACAACAGCCUAAAAUAAGCUGCUCAUGUCACAUUUCUAUUUGCCUUGGAGAUAAUUGCUGUUGAUUGUGGAGAAGGAAACACGGUGUUCUCGCAACGUGACCCCUGCGUGUGUAAUCUAGGAGAUUCAGGUGGUUUUGGGGGUUGGGCAUGAGGCAGUUGGGGGGGGGGGGAUUGAGAGACUUUACCGUGAUGCCUGAGAACGGCACGGCGUUGCCAGGAAGUGGAUUGUUGCACGGUAUGUUGAGGACAUAUGGGGCCUUCCGUGCUGGCUGCACCCUCUGCGGGCUCUGCAGGGCUGCAGGCUGUGCCCUCUGUGCGGGCCGUGUGGUUGUGUGGGCCUUGUGGACACAGCAAUGAAAAGAGACUAAAAACUAAAAGGACCAUCCAUUGAAAUCGGGAGAAGAGUGGUUAGUGUGAAGCCACACAAACUCUCGCCCUAUCUCUAGCCCACCAGUUAUUAGAACCAACUCUUACACUGAUCAGUAACCAAUUAGCGAACUCGUUAUUUGAUCCUGCUGUCACAUUCAACAAUAACACAUUUUCAAGCCAGCCACCAGCACAAGCCGCACAUGUGCCUCUUCCCACGUUGGCUCAUUCCUUUCUUGCUGUUGGAAGACAUUGUUGUUGCCGCUGCUUGCUGCUGAUGGAGCUGCGCCCACAAGCUGCAUCCCGCGAACGUCCUGCUGCACAUCGUAGCUGCGUGCUACGAGUGCAAACUGUUGUGCUCCAUGCUGUUCGCCGCAAGCUGUGCACUGCGAUCUGCACGGAAACCUGCGAGCUGUCAUGCUGUCAAACUGUUGUGUUACGUGUUGUCGUAUGAUGCGCAUUGGCGCUGCGAGCUGUCGUGCUUUUUGAAUUACGAAUAAAGUUGCUUUUGGAGACGCCACG